AUGUCCUUCCCCCAGCUGGGCUACCCGCAGUAUCUCAGCGCCAGCCAGGCGGUGUACGGGAGCGACCGGCCCGGGGUGCUGGCCGCCGCCGCCGCCGCCGCAGCCGCCGCCGCCGCCGCUUCGGGCCGGCCGGCGGGUGCCGAGCUGGGCAGCGGCUCGGCCGCUGUCACCUCGGUGCUGGGCAUGUACGCGAGUCCCUACAGCGCCCCCAACUACAGCGCCUUCCUGCCCUACACCGCCGACCUCGGCCUCUUCUCCCAAAUGGGCUCCCAGUAUGAGCUGAAAGAUAAUCCUGGUGUCCACCCUGCUACCUUUGCUGCCCACACUGCCCCCGGCUAUUAUCCCUAUGGACAGUUCCAGUACGGGGACCCAGGGCGACCCAAAAAUGCCACCCGGGAGAGCACCAGCACCCUCAAGGCCUGGCUCAAUGAGCACCGCAAGAACCCCUAUCCCACCAAGGGUGAGAAGAUCAUGCUGGCCAUCAUCACCAAGAUGACCCUCACCCAGGUCUCCACUUGGUUCGCCAAUGCCCGCCGGCGGCUCAAGAAGGAGAACAAGGUGACCUGGGGAUCCCGGAGUAAGGACCAAGAAGAUGCCAACCUCUUUGGCAGUGACAAUGAGGGGGACCCCGAGAAGAAUGAAGAUGAUGAGGAGAUCGACCUGGAGAGCAUAGACAUAGACAAAAUCGAUGAGAACGACGGGGAGCAGAGCAACGAGGAAGAGGAGGAGAAGCCUGAGCUCCUGAGACAAAGCAGUGAAGAGGAUCACUUGGAAAAAGACAAGGAUUUGGCACUGUCAGGGUCUGAAGGGCUGAAACCCAAAGACGCGCUGGCCAUGGUGAAGGAGGUCUCUGACAACAGCACACAAAUCAUCAGUCCCGGGGGACAGAGCAAUUUGCAGAUGCCAUCUCACAGCAAACCCAAGAUUUGGUCUUUGGCAGAGACGGCAACCAGCCCUGAUGGUGGCCUGAAAUCCUCCCCCCCUCCACCCCCUCCUCCCCAGGUUAACCACACUUCUCCACAGAUACAGCAUCCUGCUUUUCUCCCCAGCCAUGGACUCUACACGUGCCAGAUUGGCAAAUUUCACAACUGGACAAAUGGGGCUUUCCUCACACAGAGUUCCCUGCUAAAUGUGAGGUCCUUUUUGGGAGUAAAUCACCACCACGCUGCUCACCACAACCACCACCUCCAGGCCCAGCAACAGCCUUCUGUUUUAACAGCAACCCUGGGAGCCCUAAGUAGUGAAAAACCUUCAGAGAGGACCAGUCCCAGACACCUAGAAAGAGAAAAUGUACCAAGAACUGAAUCCCCACCUCAGCAGCUCAAAUCGCCCUUACAGUCUGUCCGUGACAACUCUUUGGCUCAGCAAGAGGGAACACCGAGAAUUUUAACAGCUCUCCCUUCUGCUUGAUUAAAUGGUUUGCUGAAAAAAAAAAAAAAUACAGAGACUG